AUGGAAUGGUCCCACGACUUCUGUCUCUCCUGCGAUCGGCAGAUGGAGGGCGGCACCUACUGCUCGCAAGCCUGCAGGUUAGCAGAUCUAGAGAAGGCUGGUCAGCAACAGACCACACAGCUAUCAUCGUCUGCCUCUUCGACAUCCUCCUCCAACAACGGCUUCUACCUUCCUCCAGCUGUCAACUUCUCGCAAUACAAGGCACCAUCGACAUCACGAGGAUUUGACAUGGGCCCCUCAAGUCCGUACCACUACUACACUACCGCGAAUGGCUCGUACUUUGUUCCACCAACUGCGGGGACGCGUAGCCUGACACCAUCAUCAUCACGCUCAUCGCUGUCAUCCAACUCUUCGACAACGCAGUCGGGCAUCACCGCACAGGCGGCAUCGCAAUUGAACAACUACAUGCGAUCAUUCGAUCAGACACGAGAACAGAAGAGGAGGUACACCCAGUACUGA